AAAUUACGUAAAGCAAAAUUUGUUUAGACUUUAGAGGGGCUUUUUAUUUUGAGCAUUGUAUCUGGUUACUUUCAUUUUUCAAAUUUCUCUCUUAAUUUCUAUUUUGGGGAUUUUACUUUUCCCAGAAAUUAGAAAAGAGAAAUUGAAAUUCGGAGUCAUGAAUACUGGCGAUCUUCUUAAUAUUGAACCCACCGAACUCAGAUUUAACUUUGAAGUGAGGAAGCAGGCCAAUUGUUCUAUGACUUUGACAAAUAAGACAGACAAAUAUGUCGCAUUUAAGGUUAAAACAACCAAUCCAAAGAAGUAUUGUGUGCGUCCCAAUACUGGGGUUGUGUUACCUGGAGGAACAUGUGAGGUUACAGUUACGAUGCAAGCCCAAAAAGAAGCACCACUUGAUAUGCAAUGCAAGGACAAAUUCCUAGUUCAGAGUGCUAUGGCACCUGAUGGUAGUACAGCUAAGGAUAUAACUUCUGAGAUGUUUAACAAGGAUGAUGGGAAGGUUGUGGAGGAGUUCAAGUUGAGGGUUAUUUACAUUCCUGCUAACCCUCCUUCACCAGUCCCUGAGGAAUCAGAAGAAGGAUCCCCACCUCGCGAAGAUGUAAAUGAGCAGGCUGCAUUGGCGUCAGCUGUAACUAGAUCUUUUGAAGGGACCAAAGAAAAAGAUUCUGAGGCACGGUCUUUGAUAUCAAAGUUGACUAAUGAGAAAGCUUCUGCCAUUCAACAGAAUCAGAAACUUCGUCAUGAAUUGGAUAUGAUGAAAAGAGAAAUCGGCAGAAGACGUUCUGGUGGUGUGCCAGUGUAUGUAGUGGUGCUGAUCGGCAUUCUCAGCAUACUCCUUGGGUACUUGAUGAAGAGAACAUAGGACUCACACAAUACAUGCAAAUUACCAUCUCGAAAGGCCAAACAGAAUGUGCAGAUAGAUCAUCUAUAUGGAUGCAUCAUUGUCAAAACUGUAAAGAAAUUGUAGUGUCUUGGUUAUUUCUAUUUCUGUCGACACACUACACUGGCAGUUAGAUCUGGUUUUGUGCAUCAACUAUCAUAGGUGUUUACAUACUGCAGCACUCUGUUUUGGCAGAUUUAGUCUAAUAUCUAGUCCCAUGAUCUCACUUGGUGUGCUAUUUCCAUCCUCAGGUCCUAUUUGAAGAAAAAGGACUAUAUAACGUAAAAUUUUCAUGGUGGAUUGUCGAUCUUGGCCUUCCCGUUUGCCCCUCUGAACUGACACUUGGAUGAAUUUUUGUAGUGUUUGUUUCAUUUGUUUGAAUGAAUAAUGGCUGAUAGCUUACAAUCUAGAACUAUGAGAAUAUCAUUUCUUCAAGGAGUAUGCAUCACCUCCUCAUGUUUACGUGGUGUUUAUUUUAUCUGUAUAACAUGCCAAUCUACUUUGUUA